AAUAGCCUGUACAAAAUGUCGUCUGUGGUUUCGAGUAUUUGAAUUCGUAAAGUCGAGUGAAAAGUUAUUCUGUUGAUCCUAGAGUAAAAAAAGGAAAAAAUGUGAUGUACCCAAUAAUAGCAAUUAUUACUUUAUUCACACUCUUAUACUAUAAUAAUGAAUCGUUGUAGGAUCGGUUUAUUAUCAAUUUAUUCUCCUGCGAAACUAUGUGUGAGGUUCAUAAACAAAAGAAUAAAUCAGGUACAUAAGCGAGGAUCUAUGCUUCAAAAAUUAUUAGUAGAUAAAGACAAAAAGAAAAACUGGCAUGCCUCAAUUCUAGCCAAUAAACCCACAAGUAAAAAUGUAUUCGAGAAAGUUCACAAUCCAUCCAGAAGGGAGAAUGUUUUAAAUUCUGUUUUUAUUAAAAAUAUAACAGAUGUAUUAUCAACUGGAGAGGUAAUCCCAGAAAUUCUGGGUUAUGGCAUUGAAAUAACAGGAGUAAGU